UGAAGCGCUGGGUUUUACCGACCGCACUCGAGACGCUGCAAGAUACUGGACAGAUUCCUAAGGUGCAUCUUAGUCCUUAAGUGAUCUUCGAGAUAGCUAGGAAGCUGAAAGGAACGAAUAGCGGAUUUUCCUUCUAUUACAGACUAUCAGCUGAGGAGGGUAUAGGAGGUGAGCGGUGAACACGAGCCAGUAUGCAGAAUCUGAGGCUGCUCAUCUUAAGCGUGCUGUUUUACUCAGCAUUCUCUGCAACUCUGAAAGCCCAAGAGAUGUCUCAGACUCUGUUUUUUGGGGAAGACUUCCACAUCCUCGUGCCGGCCGAUGGAGCUGACGUCACGUUCAGGCCUUCGAUUGUCCCAGGUCGUGAGAAGCCGCUGAUGAGUGCUGGGAAGGUGGUGGAUCUCCGUGCCAAACUCAACUCUGCUUCGAGCCACCUGAUCCUGGAGAAUGUUGGAGAAAGUGAUGAAGGAGUCUACACCGUCACAUCUAACCAAAAUCCAGAGGACGUUACACACAUCACACUCUAUGUUAGAGAUUGCUCUAGUGAGGUCAUUGUUAGGUACGGCUUAGAUUUUCAUGUAUCGCUGCAUGAUAUCUCGGAGCCAGUGCGUGUGGGCUUUCGCCACAGCACCGUGGAGGCCAAUCAGACGUCAUUGCCGGCUGAUGAACUGCUGAAUGCUGAUGGAACGCCCAAGGAGAAUUACCAGGACCGCGUUGAGAUCACUCCUCAAAAGUUCACUUUGCGUGCCGUUACUGGGGCUGAUGAAGGCAGUUACACCUUUAGUGAUUCCAUUGGGAAAGUCCAGAAGAAGAUCUGCCUGAACGUGAAAGCACAUCAGAUAUUUGCGACCCUUUCAUACGGUGGCACUCUGAAAAUAAACCUGCACAUGAAUAGCUCUUUAGCUCGCCUUCUGUACAUCCCUCAGUCUGAUAAACAUAAGUAUUUGAUUAUGGAUAACGGAGAGCUCAGCGUGCCUCCUAACGUGGAUCUUGAGGGUCGUCUCUCUUUGGAGGAUUCUUUGUGUCUUCUGACGGAUGUGAGGGCCAGCGAUGCCGGAGUUUUCAGUGUGACUGACCAUCAGGGGUUCCUGGUGUCUGAUGUCCACCUGGAGAUAGAACCGUACAGGCUUCCAAAACUCUAUAUUGCCAUCAUUGUUCUGGUAGCAUUGUUGGUGCUGCUGCUGUUGGUGUGCUUGGUGUCAUGUUUGGUGAAGAUACGCAAACGUGCAGCAAAGGCCAGAGCCAUUGAGGAGAAAGCCCAGAAUGCAGGCAAAGUGGAGGGAGAUGCCUUCAGACAGGUUGUCAAAGAUGCCUGUACCCAUCAGAAUGAGGAAGCCCCGGCCCUGUCACAGAAAGAAGACAUCACUGAGAAAUCACAGAGCACAGAGGUCAGCAUUAAGGGUUUGGAGGUGUCUACUAAAGAGCCAAGCCUUCAAGAGAGGAACAUGGAGACCAGUGACUCUGGAGUGGGAUUUAAUACCACUGGGCUCCCGCUUGACAGUGACACUGAUGCCCCAACAGCAGCCUUAGCAGAUUCUGAUGUAUUGAGUUCCUCUGCUGCCCCUGAUGUCAAAGCCGUUCCCAACCAAACUCCAGAGUCAAAGACAGCCCCCUCACCUCCAAAACCAGCACCUGUGGCCAAGUCGACUGCUCCUCCACCACCUUCUCCCGAACCCAAACCACCAGUAACGCCUGAACCUAAACCCAAGCCUGCGGUCACACCAACACCUGUACCCAAACCCGCUGCUACACCUGAACCGAAAAUGACCAUCUCACCACCACCUGAAACAAAACCGACCUUAAGCCCAUCACCAGAACCCAAGCAACCUGUGACACCUGAUAUGAAACCAACAACUGAAGUUAAACCAAUUCCAAGUCCAACCCCUGAACCUCCAAAAGCAGUAACACCAACUCCUGAUGCAAAACCAGCCGUUACGCCAGAUGCCAAACCAGCAGUUUCACCUACUCCUGAACCCACACCAGCUAAAGUUGGCACUCCUGAACAAAAACCUGCUGCGAGCCCAACACCUGAUCCCAAGACUCCUAAACUGGUCUCUCCUGAGCCUAAACCAAGUUCACCUACUCCACAGUCUAAACCACCAGUCUCACAGAUUCUCGACUCAAAACCAACCACAAAUGGUACUCCCGAAUCCAAGGCUGACAUCGAGUCAGAGCCGAGUGCACCCAUAUCUCCUGGGCUGGAUGUGAAGGGCACAACCCCUCCCAAAACCCCUGAUACUGGGAAAAGCUCAGUUAAAACUCCUGAGCUCAUCUCCAGUGGAGGUCUAGACUCGGCUGCCCCCAAUGACAGUGCACCACCUUCAAGCACUGAUGGAGCUGCCACCAACUGAGAUUAAAACCAUAGCCUUGUUCCUGCCUCCUCCUAGUGUAUUAACCACCACAGACAAUCGAGACACUAGACUUAACAACAAAGAAGAGCUAAAUGACUUCCUAAGGGGGUGGGUUCCUCAGUCUUUUGAGUCUCACUUUUAAUACAAUUAACAUGCAUCAAUAGAAAGAUCCACUGUAAAUCCACUCAGUUUACUAAUAUGUAAUCACCCUGUAGCAGAGUUCGAGAGAAGAAGCAUUUCCAACCUUACACCAUUGGCUAAUUUAAUACAGAAUGAGGGAGGCUGUCUGGGAUAUUCCAAGAAGUGUACAAAGACAAAUCUCCCUUCCCAGAAAUAAUACAUCACUGCAUGAAGAUAUUGAGAAAAUAAAUUAUGUUAUCGGUUCCGUAAUCCAAGUUAUUGUGAUUGAAUUUGGGGAAAGGCACACAGGAACAUGGGACAUUAAUCAUUUUCAUUCUUUAUGAGAUCAUUUCUGCUCCAUUUCGACCAGUCGGAGAAUCCAAAUAGCUGGACUGAUACUGAGAAAGCGACCAACCUUUCACUGUCAGAGGACUGGAAAAGUGGAAAAUUCAUGUAUCACUUUGACCCAUGCAAGUCAACAUGUCAUUUUGACAAGGGAGAUGAAUGAGGAAACUACAGAAGUGCAAAGCAGAAGGAAG